CUAUUUUUGCUACAUGGCUCUAUGUAUAGGCAGCAAUCAUGGAAAAUGGGUAUGGUUUGUUCUGGCAGAGCAGUGGGGUAUGGAGAGCUUUGAGGGAUGGAGAUUUUGAAGAAGAAGAUGUUUGGUCUGUUCUCAAAGAAAGAACAAAUUCUAGUUCCAAGACCAAUAACAGAUCCAGCAGGGAGUCUGCUUUGUCUGUUCCAAGGCAUGUUCCAACUGCUGCAAGAAUGAUUCCCAAAGCUAUCAGAGGAGGAUUUGAAAGUAGCAACAGUAGUAUUAACUCCUCUCAUGAAGGUAGAAUAAUGCAACAAUCAGCACCUGUCAGCAUUCCCAAUUGGCCAAAUAGUUACAGGCACAAGUCAAAGAAGGCCUCUAGGAAUGCUUCAUGGUAUGAUGAUGAUCAUCAUCAUGAUGGUGGCGACGACGAUGAACUUGUUAACGACAAAAGGGAUGGUGAAGAUCAUGAAGAAGAAGAUGAUUACAACGAUGAUGACGACAAUGAUUACGUUGGUGAUUAUGAUUGCAAGGUACCUCCACAUGAAUUCAUUUCUAGGAGGCUUGCAAGAAGUCAAAUAUCUUCUUUUUCUGUAUUUGAAGGAGUUGGUAGGACCUUAAAAGGGAGAGACCUUAGCAAUGUAAGGAAUGCUAUGCUAACAAAGAUCGGCUUCAUUGAAUGAUUACUUGUAAAGAAUUCCUAAAUAAUGGUGGCAAGUGUUUCUCCGAAUGUCAAAUUGCCAUGUACAAAGGCUUGUGGUGUUAGGAAAUUAGCUUAGAAAUUUGGUCUCAUAAUCUUUUGUUUCUAGUUCUUGUUUAGGAUGUGAGGAUUUAAAAAAAAUCAAAUUUAGUUUUGUCUAAAAAAAAAAGUGUAAAGGCCAAAGAUUUGAUCUAUUCAGCUAUUGUUUUGAGAGGCUUGACCGCCCUCAAUGAUAUCAAUGAUAAGCAUCUGAGAAAUUUAGCAGUUAAUGAAGGUCCCAAUAAGCAAUAUAUAUAAAUAUAUAUAUUUUUUUCAGAAUAGAUGUUAUUUAUUAUUACUAUCUUUAACGUAUAUACUGCUUAAAAAAAAAUUCAAUAACUUGUUUCAUCUGUUUCAAACAUCAAUAAUUUCAGGAGAAUGAUACUCAUAUCAGCUUCUUCGGUCCAUUAAAGUCACAACUCACAAGUACACUGAACAACACACUAUGAGCCACCUGCGUAUGGGUUAAGCCCUUUUUUACAAGAAUACUAUUUUGACUGUUUUUUUAGGCUGUUACA